UUUCCGACCACAGAGCCCACGAUAAUUAUAGCACACUGCCAUCCUACAAUUAACACACACACACAUAGAAGUAAAAACUCUCAAGCUAGAGCCACCAUAUAAAAGCCAGCCAGACAGACAAUACUCACAAGCAGGCAGACCCAGCUCAUAUAAACACUGAGAAAGCUGCUGAGUGGACUCAUGGUGUUUUGAAUAAGAACUCGAUCACCGGUUCAAUUUAAAGUUCUGACUGGAUAUCGAUUUGAGAAAGCAUCUAAACACUAAUGAGCGCGAGCAAUUCUUCUGCCUAUCGAUCGGAGCGCAGUUACCAUCAGACGUCAUCCUCCUCAUCUUCAUCCUCUACCUCUGCAAACCCAUACAUGGAGAAGAGCCGAGGACUCUUCGCUGACGACUUUGGAUCUUUCAUGUGUCCGAAGGAUGCUUUGGGAUUUCCAAACAGAACAGACACUGUUGGAAACAUUAAGACUCUUGGAGACACAUACCAGUUCACAGUGGAUGUCCAAGACUUCUCGCCUGAGGAUGUGAUUGUCACCACCUCAAACAAUCAGAUUGAAGUUCAUGCUGAAAAGCUUGCUAGCGAUGGGACAGUGAUGAACACUUUCACCCAUAAAUGCCAGCUACCAGAAGAUGUGGACCCCACCUCUGUGAAGUCCAGUUUAGGGGCCGAUGGGACUCUGACUAUAAAAGCACAGAGAAACACAGCUAAACUGGAGCACGGACAGACGUUCCGCACAGAGAUCAAAAUCUAGACCUUUGCCCUCCUGCUGUGUCUGUUUCACUGUGAUAAAUGACCUUGAAAAUAUAGCUACUUAGCCCUGCUUUGUCAUUCCUCCAUGACCUUCUCUCAUUUCUGCUCAUUAGACUUGGAUGGAAUUUAAUCCUGUCACAUGUAUUCAAAACCUUCAAGACGAAUGCACUGCUAACGUCAUCUGCUAAUGACAUAUCAGCUUACAGGACACAGUGGGCUCCAAAAGUCUGGAAGUACAUUUAAUCCAUAAUAUAAUUGAAACAUUGAAAGAUAUCAGAAUAUAUAUGGCUAUAGAUAUAGUACUUUGAGAACAAGGAAGAAGGAUAGGUUGAAUUUAGUUCACCCAAAAAUGAAAAUCCUGCCAUCAUUUUCUCAUUUUUCACUUGUUUCAAACCUGAUUAAGUUCUGUUGAACUCAAAAUAAAAUGUACCAUGAUGGAAAAAAAACCAUGAUUAACUUCCAUGGUAUUUUUUUGCUCCUACUAUGGAUGUCAAUAACAUUUUUUUUCAACAUUCUUCAAAAUAUCUUGUGUUAAACAGAAAAAAAUACUAUCCUUUUCAAAUUUAGCACCAAUUAAAAUUUUCAAAUGUGUGACUUCAAAAAGAUCCUCAGAUAGAUCUCUUCUAUUGAAGCUUGAGAUAAUCUGGAUUAGGACUGUGCAAUAUAUCGUUACAGCAUCGAUAGCAUCCGCAAUAGUCACAUAGCAAGAUAUGCAAUGUUAAGUUGGGAUUAUAGUUAGCCAGAAACCACAGGUCAAAACACAUCAGAUUUGUAGAGUAACUGCAGAAUUGAACCAUAAUAGAAUGAAGUUUAUUAUCUGCAUGUGUUUUGAGGUGGGUUAUUAGCGCAUGAAUAAUAAGAAUAAGGAUAAUUUAAUAAAGAUUAGUUUUAUUAAACAAAUUAUAUGAUGAAGUCUAUGCCUGGGGGGCACAAACUUUUUUUUAUGAAGGGCCAAAAACCAAACGUUAUUGAGGCUAGUGAGCCAUAGGUAAAUAUAGUUGCCAUUGGUAAUUUCCUUAUUUAUUCUCCCUAGAAAACCAUGAAUCACUUUUUAUUUCACUUUAAUAUUUGCUCCAUUGUGUUUAUUUAUGACUGUAGUUUGUUUAUCGUAUGUAUAAAAUAAAUUAAAUCAAAAUAUAUUUAUAUUUCACUCCCUACAAAACCAUCCUAAUCAAUCUAAAUUAAUAACUUUUCAAAAAGAGCAAUUUAAGUCAUCUGAGGAAAUUUUAUUUAUAUCUCAAUGUAUAUCACAGACAAAAAAAUAUUGCAAUGUCAAAUUUUUCCAAUAUCGUGCAGCCUCAAUCUGGAUCACUUCAAAUCCUGCUGGAGAACAUGAACAUCAGGUUUUACACAAAAACGUGAAGUUCAUGCAUCUCAAAUUCAGCCAAGAUUGUCUAUUUUAUUAUCAUCUGUCUACUUUUUAUCACCCAGAUUGGUGAUAAUGAUGUAAUGAGGAAGAAAACAUUUAGUAGGCCCCUAGUAGAUGUUCCAGACUUUUGGAGAUCGUUCACUGAAAAAAAUAUGUCUGCAAAACUGUUGCAAACAAUUUAAUAGGGUUGAAUUUAAACAAACAAAUUAAAUUGAGUAAUGUUCAACUUAAUUUGUUUGUUUAAAUUCAAGGAAUCAUCUUUGAAUAAUUUUUUUCAGUGUUGUUUGAUAAACAGUCAGAAUGAAUAAUGCAACUCAUUCCCAAAUGGUACGAAACAUAUUCACUGAAUGUGUUAUUUUUAUCAAAAGCUACAUUUUCUAAUCUUGUUGUGUUGUGUGAUUAAAACACUACUUCAGAAAAAUAAAAUCACAUUUGAUGAUUA